UCUUAAUUUACUAUUUAUUCGAAACUGUACAUAACAGGUCACAUGAUCUAAUUUAGAGUGAAAAUGGCGAGUCAAACUGCUGGUAUUCAGCAAUUAUUAGCUGCCGAAAAACGAGCAGCAGAGAAAGUAGCAGAAGCUAGAAGACGAAAAGCUAGUCGAUUGAAGCAAGCUAAGAAAGAAGCAGACACUGAUAUCAACGCCUACCGAACUGAACGAGAAAAGCAGUAUAAAGACUAUGAAGCAAGGGUAUUGGGUUCUCGUGGGGACAUGGAACAUAAGAUUGAAGAAGGAACACGUAUCAACAUUAGCGAACUGAAUGAGAAUGUUCGACGGAACAAGGAGACAGCAUUGAAGCGGUUGCUGGAAAUAGUAUACGACAUAAAGCCGAAACUCCAUCAAAAUCUUCAACUAUAGAGAACGAUUGAAUGUUUCUUUGGCAGUAGCAUGCUGUGAACAGGCUGUGAAUCCUAUCAAAAGUUAAAUACUUUCUUCAGGUUUUCUCAAACAAAUGUCUGUAAGUCGAUAGGAUGAUGGAGCAAAUGAUUUUUCCAUAUCAAUAUACUUGUACUGUACAAUGUAUGGGUGGUGGGAUUAUAUUUGUAAAGAAAAGAAAUGCAGCAUCAUGGAAUAUUUUCUUUUCACUUAUUCUGAUGGUGCAAUCAUUAAGUCAGCAAAAUUACUUUGUAAUGAUUUUCAUGUUCAGUCGAUCUCGUCCCAUCAGGAAUUGUAGCAACAGUGAUAAAUAGUAGAAGUUAUCAGUUGUGACGUAAACGGUUUCUAGUUUUAUGUAAUAUGUACUUGUAGUUAGUAAAACAAGCCAUUGUAUACUAAAAUGUUUUGUCAGUACCAAGUAAGGAUUAAGUGCAAAAAGUAGAUAAAAUAUUAUUAUCUUUUCUGUUCAAUAUUAUAAAUAUAACAGAUAUGUUGAAAAGAUAUUGAGCAUUAAUCAUGUGUGGUGUAUAUAUGUAUCUAAAAUUAAGUAAUCUAACUAGUUUGUACAUUGUCCGAAGGCCAAAUAAGGCACACAUUUUUAAAUAAAUAAAUUACGUUUAAAGUAAAGGGCUUAGGAGAACAUUUUAAUUGUAUUAACUGAAAAUAUUUUCUUUUUGAAAUUUAGGUCCAUAAAUUAACUGAAUUGACCAGACAGAAAACUUGAAAAAUCUCGGGGGAAAAGCCGUCAUUCCAGGACAUUAUUGGGUCUGGAUGGCAAUAUGGUUUGAUGCUCCAGAUAUGUUCUCUUUUUAAAUAGCUCAAUCCCCCCCAUGUACUCCAUCUGUGAAAGCGAGUAGUGUGUGGUAUAUGCAGGGCUAGCUUUGAGGUGAGCAAAAGAAUUUGCCAAAUUGUCUAUUAAACUUCAAAAAUUACAGCAAUUGUCAGUUAUUUUCUAAAAAUUGUCAGUUAUUACAUGAAAUUAUUUCACAAAACUAAAAUAAAAUUAGCAAACUGCUUUCAAAAUUUGCAAUUGGCGAGUGCCAGAGCUAGCCCUGUAUAUGUGAGUGGAUGAGACCACCUUCAUUCCUGUUUGUAAGGGAAAGUUUAUUAAUUCCCACUACAUUCCUGGUAUCUUGUAAUGCAGAUAUCAUACUAUCAUUGGAUCAUCUUGAUGAUGUUUUUAUUAGGGUGGGUCUUGAAAUUAUCAUUUCGACCCAUGAAGCAGUUGGACAGAGGAUUUUUCAUUAACUAUAAAAUUGAGCAAUUUGGCAUUAUUUGUAUUUUAACAUUUACAGUCUAGGUUCUUAAUAGUUCUUAGUAUUUCCAUUUGAAGAGUUCAUUUCAGGGUUCACCCUGUCAACUGGCAAAUUAGCUAAUUGCUAAUUUUAAUACAAGGCGACUAUUUGGCUAAUAAUUUUUCUUUAAAUUGGUUACUUUUUAAUAAUUUUUAAGGAAAUGCUCUACAUAUCGGAAAAUUAGCUAAACCAAAAUUCUUUCCAGUGCGAGCCUAGAGUUUCUGAAAUGGCACGUAUCCAUUUGUGUUACUUUAAGGAAAAUGUUGUUUUGUUGUAACAUGACAAGCAGCAUAUUUUUAACAUCCUGUUCAGUGAACAUAGAUUGCAUUUUGACUUUAUUGUCCUAAUAUACAUAUACCUUAAGUUCACUGUUAACUCUAAAAUCUGGAACUCUAAAAUGUGGAAAUUGGCAUGUAACUUGUUUUGGAAAUGAACUCUUCAACUUAUUACCAGUUUCAAAUUGUCGGUACAUGAUCAUUCAUUUUGUUAUUGACAGCUUGUUUCAAGCUCUGUAUUUACAAUGUACUUAGUGUAUACAAGGACUGUAUGUGAAUAAAUAAUUUAUUCAGA